UGCGCCAGAGCCGGUGCCGGCGUGGAGAAGAAAGGGUAUAAGCACAGAGCAGCGCUUUGUGCUAUUGGCUCACUGCCCAGCUCCAGCUCACGAUGGCAGACCAAUUGCACACCCAGAUCAGAAUUGACAUUUACAGCUACCUCUUCAAUCCCUCCUGUCCCAAAGACGAGAGGUACUGGAGCACCUUCUUCAGCUUGCCCAUCUACGAGCCUGCUUUGAAUGCCUCCUUUAAUUCCUUGGACUUUACCAACUUGUCUCCUUACCAGCUAUCCAUUAUCCAGUCCAUUUUUGAGAAUUCGCUCACCUAUUUGGCUAAAGACAGUUCCAACAAUGACAACAUCUAUUUGAUUAUUAUCAACUUGUUUGUUAUUUUGUUCGACAAGUUGAAUAACACUCUCAAUAGCCACCACCAUCAUCCUGCUCCAAUUGAGAACAAGAACGAAAUUCUUAUUCAUGUGUUAAUUCUCAAUGGUAAUAUUAACAAUUUGGAAUCCAAUUUCAAGAUGAAAUUUUUGAACAACUUUUUGCUUAACAAUGAAGCUAAUUCCAAUGUCAAUAAGUACUUAAAAUUGAAAUUGAUCAAGUUUUCCUUUAUGUUGUUUUAUAAUACUAUUUUUUUUCAUUUUUUGGUUGGUUUAAACAAUCUAAAUAUUCAGUUAUUUAAUUUCUUCAAAAAUCUUGAUUUGGACAAUGAUAAUCAAAAACAAAACUUUAAAACUAUCAAUGACAUCUUAAUUAUUUUAAUUUUAUUGUAUAACAAUAAUGAGGUCACCAAUUAUAAUAAUUACAAUACAAAUAAUGAAAUAUAUGCUACUAUAGACAAUGAAAAUGAAAAUGAAAAUGAAAAUGAUCUUGAGAGUGAGAAUGAAAAUUAUAUUGGUAAUACCAAUCUAUUGGUUCAAUUAUUUAAUAAUGAGAAAAUUUCAACGCAUAUAAUUCAUGUAUUUAAUCAAUUGAUUUCUUUAAAUUUAAUCGUUUUGAAUAAUAAUAAACCUGAUUUAUUGGUUCAGUCUUCUUUAAAUAAUUCAUUUUGGAAUUUUUUGACUUUGAAUAAAUUCAAUAAAUUGAAUUUCAACUAUUCCGAUUUUCUAAUCAACAAGUUUCUAACCCCUGAAACAAUUGAUAUAUUAUACUUUAAAAAUAAAAAACAGCCCAUCAAUAACUCAGAUUUAUUGAUCUUUAAUAUCACCUACUACAAUCUAGUCAUCAACAACUUUGAUUUAUUCAAACGCACCUUCAUUCAAAAAUAUGAUUUGAUGGAAAAUAUUGAAUUGUACUUGAGUCUAACCACUUUUCUAUUUCAGUAUCAACAUAAUAAUAAAAUCAACCAUUCCUUGACAAGAUUAAAUCUAUUGAUUUUAAACAAAUUCAUUAAAUCAAAUAUUGUCAAUAAUCAACAUGAUCAACAUGAUCAACAUGAUCAACAUGAUCAACAUGAUCAACAUGAUCAACAUGACCGAGAUGAUCAAGUUAACCAUAAUAAUUAUCUAUUCAAUUAUAAAAUCAACAACAAUAACUUUAAACUAUGUCAUCAAAAAAAACCUAUUCUUGAUGAUAUUGAGAAUGACAAUGAAUUUACUUCAAUGAUUUUUUACAUUUUAAAUGCCAACCAAACUCUCAUUAGAUACAACUUGACUUCUAAUUUAGACAUAAUUAGCUAUAAAUUGUCAGUUAUAAACAUCUAUGAGAUUCUAUUAAUAUUAAUCAAUAACCACACGAAAACUUCAGACCGCUAUAAUUGGAGCAACUUAUUUUUCUCUGUUUUCCAACUAAUCAAUUUCAUUUUUAAAAACGUUGAAAAGUUCAAUUUAAAAACAAAUAUUUCUCAUGCUAAUAAUAACAUAAACUCGUUGGUCGAAGAAAUUUUAAAUGUUUUACUAUUGAUUUUAAUCAAUUACAAGCAUCUAUUCCAUGAAAAUGAUUUAGACAAAUUCUUGGUGGAUCUAAUUUACAAAAUGUUUGAAAACAAUGAGGUUCUAUCUCAAAUUAUCAAUAAACUACUAGCUCACUCUAACAGUGACAGUACUAAUAUCAAGUUGUUUUCCGACAUCAUCAGCCACAUUAACCAGGCAUUAGACUACAACGAACUACAAAACAGCGAUAUGAAUUACAACCAAAUCCACACCAGCUUAUGUCUAAAGUUGAAGAAUUUGAAACUAUCUGAGUUCGAAAACAAGGAUGUUGCAAUUACAUUCAGCAACGACGACAGCGACAAACUAGUCUUUGGAAACGAGAGUUUCAAGUACAUCAAGAAGGGCAGUUUGGUCUACAAAAACCAGAAAAUCAGCCAGCUAAACCAGGCCAUCGAGCUAUUGAUCGAGCACAAUCGCCUGUUCUUCAUAUAACGAGAAUUCUAAAGCUCUAAAGCUCUAAAGCUCUUUCUCAUAUAUAGGAGGUUUAAUACACAUCCGCAUCCCUGGCUCUGACCUCGUCUAAUUGCCGUUUUGGGACAUUUCCGCGAUAA